ACCCGGAGCGAGCCCGGCGGGGCCAUGGCCACCGGUAGCAUCACCACGCUGCCCGCCCUGCCCGAGAGCAGCGACGGCGGCGCCUUCCCGUCCGGCCACUUCAGGGACCCGAAGCGGCUCUACUGCAAAAACGGAGGUUUCUUCCUGCGCAUCCACCCCGACGGCCGCGUGGACGGGGUCCGGGAGAAAAGCGACCCCCACGUCAAACUACAACUUCAAGCAGAAGACAGAGGAGUUGUCUCUAUCAAGGGAGUGUGUGCAAACCGUUACCUAGCUAUGAAGGAAGAUGGAAGACUACUGGCUUCUAAAUGUGUUACCGAUGAGUGUUUCUUUUUUGAACGAUUGGAAUCUAAUAACUACAACAUUUACUGGUCCAGGAAAUAUUCCAGUUGGUAUGUGGCACUGAAACGAACCGGACAAUAUAAACUUGGAUCCAAAACAGGACCGGGGCAGAAAGCUAUACUUUUUCUUCCAAUGUCUGCUAAGAGCUGAUUUUAAUGGCAGCAUCUAAUCUCAUUUCACAAGAAGUAUAUUUUAGAAAAUUGUUAAUAAGAAAAAAAGGAAUGUAUACAGUUCAGUUUGGAUAACAGAUCAGGCUUUUUAUCUGAUAGUAAGAUAUUUAACCAUUGCCUCAGUAAAGAAAAACAGCAAAAAUUCUUGGAAAAUGUAGACUUACUCCUUUUAUAUAGUAUCUGCUAUUACCACUGAAGAUUACCUAGACUAGGACUGCUAUCUUUUACACAUAUUUGCUUCAUUUGAAAAGAGGACUUUGAAGUGAACAAAUUUAUGAAUAAUUUUUCUCCGUGGAAAAUCAU